AUGGCUCCAGACUCGUCACACGCCCCUGUCCCUGCCCAGGCUCCCGUGAAGCAGCAGCUGUGGAGCUUUGACCCGGCGCACCCCGCCCUGGCGGAGCGCCACUACCUGCGCACAGCCUGCCAGGACGAGGCCCUCAAGAAGAUGCAGGCCAAGGAGGAGGCGGACCAGCUGCGGCUGCAGGCGCAGGCGGCGGCGCGCAGCCCGCACCGCCACCAGCCAGCGGCGCCUUGCAGCGGGCCCGCGCGGCUGAGGCCAGGAAGUGCCAGCGCGGCAGCGCGCGCAUGGCGACCAGCGUCAGCGGGCGUGGCCAGCUCUCCCAGUGUCACCAGGCAGGGGCCCCUGGCCCCCGCAGGCCUCGAGCAGACAUUCCCUAGGGAUGACAGCGGCAAACGAGGAGGAGGAGGCAGCGGUGUUGAUGACGUCAGCGAUGACGAGGCGGCGUUCAAGGCGGGCUACGACUCCGACCUGGAGAGGGAGGCGGCGGCGCGCGAGGCGGCCAAGAGCUCGGGGCAGCGCGCGGCAGAGGCGGCGGAGCGGCGGCGGCGGGCGGCCAUGGAUGAGGAGGAGGCGCGGCGGGCGCGCUGGCUGGAGGAGAACGCUUGGAUGGACGCGUACCGCUCGCACCCCCGCCACACGGCGCCAGGCGCUGCGGCAGCCCCCGGCCCUUGCUCAAGGCGUCCGACGUCGGCAGGUUUGGCGGCAGCAGCGUCGACCGGAGAUGAACGUGAGGAUGAUCGGGACGACGGCCUGGGCGCAGCUGCAGCCGACACGGCGCGCGCGGCUGCGCUGUCGCCGGCCGAUGAGGCGCUGCUGCGGCGCCCCUUCAUGCCGAUCGUCAGCCAGGAGUUCCCGCACUACGCCGUCGCCGUGGACGCGCUGCACGAGGCGGCCGAGGCCGGCGGCGCCGCCGGGCUGCGCUUCGCGCUGGACGCCGCCAGCGGCAGCGGCGGCGCGAGCAGCGGCGGGCGUCGGCCGGGCAGCGCCCCGCAGUUCAGGACGACGGUGGCGCGGCCGUUUGGGUUUGAGGGGCGCGCGUUGUCGCGGCCGCAGCUGAUUGCGUCGGUGAAGGCCGAGCAGGACCGGGAGCUGAGGCGGCGCGAGGAGGCGGCCGUGAGGCGCAUCAGGUUCAAGGCCAACCCCGUGCCGCCCUCCACGCUCGAGCCGCGCUAUGAUGCCAUACUUGCCGGCCAGGCGGCGCGGCGGGAGGCGGGGCACAGCCAGAGCAUGGCGGCGCUGACGGCCACGGAGCAGCCAUUCAGCUUCUACACCAGGGACCAGGACCGCGAGGCUCAGCGCGAGCAGCAGCGCCGGGCGGCCAAGGACCCAUCCCGCUUCCAGCGGCCCUUCAAGGCGGCCCCCAUCCCGAAGCAUGUGGGGGAGCGCCUGUUUGACGCAAUGCGCGUCGACGAGGAGGCGCGGCGGCUGGCGGCGCGCGUGCGGGCGGAGAUGGCGCGGGAGCGGGCGCGGGAGCGGCUGGAGGAGACGUGGAAGGCCAGGCAAGCAGCGGCGGCUGCUGCCUACCGUGAGCGGCUCAUGGGCACGGGGCCGCCCUCCGCGACCGCCACCCCCCGCCGCCACUCAGCGGCCUCCCUCCCCGACGGCGACACCGCCUGUCGCCCGGCCACGGGGCCGCAACGGCGCCGGCCGCGCUCAGCGGCGCAGCAGGCGUGGAAGGGCGCCCCGCGGCGGGUGAACGGGCGCGUGGUGUCGCAGCCGGUGCCGGACUUCGCCUCCCUGCACAGCGCAUGGGAGAGGCGUCUCGCGGCCGCUAAGGAGAGCAACCAGCGGCGCGCCACGGUGCCUCAGGAGUUCAACUUGAACGGCUCCACCCGGGAGGAGCAGGCCACACGCGAGGCGCGAGCAGCGGAGCGCCGCGCGCGCAUCGCGGACGAGGCGGCCGAUGACAAGCACCAGCUGCCCGAGAGCCGCUGGACGUUCACAGGGCCGCGUGCGCCUGUGACGCCCACGCCACCGCCAAGUGCCGCAGCAGCCGGAGGAGGCGGCGCCCGAGGCGCGGGUGCCGCGGGCCGGGCGCGGCUGGAGGUCGGGGACACUCUGGCUGCGCGGCUGAAGCGUGAGGCGACGCGGCGGGCCCUAAAUGAGGGCCGCUACGAAUCAGAGGAGGCCAGGGCAAGCCGGCGUGCCGAUGAGGAGCGAUCUGAGGCCAGGGACGCGGCAAAGCGCGCGGCAGCGGUGCGGUCGGCUGCUCAGCGGUACGCGCUCGCGGAAAAGCUCCAGAGCGCAGCACUGGCGGUCGCGGCAGGGCUGGCGCCCGGGGCGACAGCGGAGCCAGUGGCGGGUGGCGCCGAGGGCGGCGCCGGGGUGUCAGCGCCGAGCAGCCCGUCGGGGCGCGGCAGCGGUCACGGGGAGUCUGAGGGGCGAUCCGGCAGCAGGGGCCGCGGCCUCACGUCGACGGCCGAGUGGCGGCGGCGGGCGGAGGACGUCGCCGCUUUCGGUGCGGCGGCGCGCAGCCGCAGCCCUUCGCCGCGGCCGCCCAGCAGGGGCCCGUCUGGCCCCGCCGCGGUGCCUCCUGUGCGGCACGGGCGGGGCGGCGGCGGCGGCAGCAGCAGCGGGACGUCUGAGCGCCGCGCGUCACUGCGGGGCAGGCGCGAGGCUCCUGUGAUGCACAUUGAGGCUCGGCACGCGCAGGCAGCUGCCCAGGCGCACCGGCUGGUGGAGGACGCGCUGCUGGCGCAGGGCAUCGAUGCCCUGCGAUACGUGAAAGGCUGA